UGCUCCCCUUCCCAGGUGGAAGACUGCUUAGCAUGCAAAACCACAGGAUUUUCUCCAAAGUUUUUAAUGAGAUCGAUGAUUUCAGAGAUGUCAUUUGUCAGAGUGAAUCGUUAUGGUCCCCGGGCAGGAGGAAGGAAAACAUUGAAAGUAAAGAAGAAGAAAACAUCAGUGAAACAAGAAUGGGAUAAUACUGUGAAUGACUUAACAGUACAUCGGGCAACUCCUGAAGAGCUGAUGCGACGUCAUGAAAUGCAUAAAUCAAAGAAUAGAGCAUUGGUGCACUGGGAACUUCAAGAAAAAGCUUUGAAGAGAAAGUGUAGGAAGCAGAAACCAGAAAUUUCCAAUCUUGAGAAAAGAAGAUUAUCUAUCAUGAAGGAGAUUCUUUUUGAUCAAUACCAGAUGCAGGAUGUAUUGGAAAAAUCUGAUCAUUUGAUGGCUGCAACAAAAGAUCUGUUUGUUGAUUUUCCUCGUAGGCGCACAGGAUUUCCAAAUGUAACCAUGGCUCCCAAUUCCUCACAAGGUCCCAUUAUGGUAAAUCAGGACCCUGUUACUCAGUCCAUCUUUACUGAAUCUGACACAGAGCCUCAGGCUCUUAAUGAAGUAGAUGGUCAUGAAGAAGAAGGAACUGUUCACAGCCAGUCAGAAGACAGUGAGAAUGAAUUAGAUAACUCACUGAACUCUCAGUCUAACAUGACUACAGACAGGCUUCUCCAUCAACUAAAGGAAGAUAAUUCUGAGUUAAUUAAUAAACUGUGGACUGAUAUUCAGCAGAAAAUAGCAACACAGUCACAAGUAACAAACUCUCCAGGAAUGCCAUCAUCUGCCUCUCCACCAGGGGAACAAAAAGCUGCUCUGAAUGCCACCAAUGCCGUCAAGAGAGUCCACACAAGGCUUCAGUCUGAAGAUUCUUCUGAGACUCUAGACUCAAGCUACAUUGUGGGACAGGUGCUGAACUCAAGGAAACAAAAACAAUCGUUAUGUACAGUGAAAAGAAAACCGGAUUUGCAUGAUCCUUCCAAGCAGAAGAAAAAUACGUUAUCAGCUAGCAUGGCCUCCACAGACCCAGGUAUCAGUAAUCCCAGUCUGGAUGUCCUCAAACACAUGAUACAUGAAGUGGAACAUGAAAUGGAAGAAUAUGAGCGGUGGACUGGGCGUGAGGUCAAGGGGCUGCAGAGCAGUAAGGGUCUGACAGGCUUCACUUUGUCGCUGGUGAGCUCCCUCUGUCGUCUGGUUCGGUACCUUAAAGAGAGUGAGCUACAACUGCGUAAAGAAGUAGAGACCAGACAGCAGUUGGAACAAGUGUUAGGCGAUCAUCGUGAUCUCAUUGAUGCUCUGACAGCUGAAAUUAUUCUCCUUAGAGAAGAAAAUGCUACUAUCCAGGCGAGACUUCAGCAAUACAUGGUCACAACAGAUGAACAACUUAUAUCGCUCACACAUGCCAUUAAGAACUGUCCAGUGAUAAAUAACAGCACAGAAAGUCAGACAUCAGAAAGAGGGGCCAUGAGUGGAAGAAUUGUAGAUAAUUCUGAGGGUCCAGCAGUAAAUGCUAAUGUCUCCAUGCCGUUGAUGUUCAGAGGGGAAGAAGUAGCUGAAUUCCCACAGGAAGACUUGCCUGUAAAACUGUCCCAGGUGCCAAACCCGCCAGAGAGCGUGAAUCUGGCCAGCACCUUCCCAGGACAUUUAUUUGAGCCAGCUGUGCUGCUGACACCUCCCAGGCAGAAGAGCAACUCCGUAUUGUCUCCACUGCAGGAUGUAUUGAGGAGGACUGUUCAGACUCGUCCUGCUCCACGAAUUCCUCCAACUGUGGAAAUAAUUGAGAAAGAACAAAUUUGGGAAAAGAAGACUUUACCUAUUGCCACAGACACUCAGAAUGCAAAUGAAGAAAGUCGUCUCUUCACGCAGAGGUGGAGGGUCUCUCAUAUGGGAGAAGAUUUGGAGAACAAAGUGCAAGCUCCUUUUGUUACUCUCUCACAGCCCCUCUCUACUACCAACUCGAGAAACCCUGCAUUCUCAGAAGAACACCCAGUAUUGGGAGAUGGGCAGCCAGUUAGAGCAAAUGAGACAUUAGCACAAAGAAAAGACAUCAUGGCAAGGAUUGCUGAGUUGACACUACAGAAUUCAGCUUUCAAGGCACAUCUGAGCAAUGUUAUUGCACCAGGGGGAGACCAAGGGGAUGGAUUUCAGGAACUGAACAAGCAGGAGGCAAGUCACGCAAGCAGUACGAGUGCUACAUUUCCAGCAGCACAAACUCUAACACCAAAUAGCAUGGAGGAACGGAUUGCAGAAUUGAAUCGGCAGAGUAUGGAGGCUCGUGGAAAACUCUUGCAAUUAAUAGAGCAGCAGAAGCUUAUUGGUUUGGGUCCCUCCUCUUCACUGCCAUCAUCUGUUCAGUCACCUCUCAGAGCAUGGACAGAAGGAGGAAAGAGGACAAUUGAGGUCUCUAUUCCAGGAACAGAAGCCCCAGAAAGCUCAAAAUGCAGUACUGUCUCUCCUGCCAGUGGGACUAAUACAAGAAGAUCUUCAGGCGCUACUAGUAAUUCAUGUUCUCCAUUAAACACCACUUCAGGAAGUGGGCGACUCACACCUCUUAAUCCAAGAGCAAAGAUUGAGCAACAAAAUGAAGAAGGUUGGUUUGCGCUUUCUACGCAUAUAUCAUAAGUGGUGUGGUACGGCACUUGUUCUCAGAAGUGUAAUUCUUGAGCUUUCCUGCUCCUGUUACCAAGUUUUUGUGUCCUUUUAGAUAAAAUCUACAAAAAAACUUGUGACUUUCUACUAAUGGGACAAAGAAAUAAAGCGACUACUUUAAUUUUUUACCCUUUUCAAAUAGAUUUCCAACAAAUGACCAACUCACAACCUCCUGUGCAUAAAAAUUUGACUUAGAGAAAUUAAAGUUUUAUAUUAUAACUUUUGUAAGUAAUUUUAAAUUUAUUUGAGUAAUACAUAUUUGCCUUUGUCAUCUUUAUUUGGUUUUUUGUCUGGCCUCUGUGGCCUUGAAUGCAGAGGCACCUGGGAGCGUGGGCGCGGGCACACGUGCCUGGAGGAUGGCCGGGGCACGCAGACGAGGGCGCACCUGAGCCCCGAGGCUGAGGCUCUGAGGGUGGCUCAGCAGCUUAAAUGUUGAUCUAUUUUGUUUCUAGUUUUUUCUAGGACCAAGUUAAUCUGCAUAUAGCUUAAAAUUAAAUGCUUCUGUGUGAUUAAAGUCAGGCUUUCAGAAAAAUUUAACACCCCUGCAAGUUUCUUUUGGGGGGGAAAGUCACUGUAGUCCCUCACUUUUUCCUUCAAGUGGAAUGUAUGGCGUUAAAGCGCGGGCCUGGACUGUUUGUAAUUGCUUAGGCAGGUGGUUGUGUAUGUUAUAAAAAUCGUAUGUAGUCUUUAAGUGUGAAGAUGGCAUCAAUGUUGGUCAUGUACAUUCUAGAGCUCAAAUGUCCAAAUACUAACAUUGGUUAAUUGGUACAUUUAAUGAUUGAAAAAAAAACAAAAUAUAAAAAGUUACUGUCAAUUUUCCUAGCCCUAAAUUUACCCAAUAUUCAGGGCACCUGUUUGGCUUUCAAACUUUGUCUUCUGUUUUCAGCUUGUGGUGGGAUUUAUCUGCCAUGGGACACAUAAUAGGAUUUCUAAAAAAAUAAUAAUAAUAAGAUUUCUCUACCUAAGUGAAGUAGGAGUGGGGUGCAGAAACACAUUGAUACUAUCUGGGAAAUAUUCUCAGACAAUGCCUUCCUCCUCCUGUAGUUGUAAAUCACUGUUCUAGAAAGUGUUCUAUAUAACUUUGAUUAGGCCUCUUUCUUGUGGCAAAAAUAAAAUUACUCUGAUAUCGUUGAUUUUAUUUAUGUGGCUGUGUGUUUUUAUUUGCAUUAUUGCAGAUACUUCCAUCUGUAGC